CUUAAAUAAAUAUCCUCUCUUUUACAUUUCCUCAAGAAUCUCGUUCAUUUUCUCUCUCCUAAGAAUUCUCAAAUCUUCCUCCAAUUUAGCAGCAAACCAGGUUUUAUUGGUCAAGAAUUGAAAUUAUAAGGUGAAUUGAGCUUAAUUUGGUGAAUAAUCAUUACGCAUAGAUUAGAUUUUACAAAGGGUAAGGGAGAAGAGGGGAAUUUGUGAUUAGUAAGCUGAUUAAGUAAGUUCUUGAUUGGUGAAGAUGGUUGAGGCAAUUGCAACUGCAUCUCUUCUUGGCUACCAGUACGGCGGCUGGGGUUUGAGGGAUGCUAGUUAUAGGAGAAAAUCUAUUGAGAAUGCCCGGUUUCCGGUGGCGAGGUUCAUAGGGGGAAAGAUAGCUCUGAAUCAAUGUUUAUGCAAGAAGAGAGUUGAGAGGGUAGAUAUGAGGUCAAAGGGAUCCAUUGUAGCCCUUGCAAUGGAGUUGGCGAAAGAGGCUUAUGCCUUUAAGGAAAAGGAUCGAAUACCACGAACUUGGAAUGAUAGAAUUGAAGUUGAGACUGAUUUAAAAACAAGAAUGUGGCCUCCGAAUAAUAAGGCUGAUAAUCCGUCUUUGCAUAAUCCUUUGCUUCGGCUUGAAAGGAUGGGUUGUGGGUGGCUAGGUGCUAUAUUUGAGUGGGAAGGGGUUAUAAUUGAUGAUAAUCCUGAUCUUGAGAAGCAGGCUUGGCUAGCUCUUUCUGAAGAGGAAGGAAAGACACCUCCCCCGACUUUUCUUCUUAAAAGGAUAGAAGGGAUGAAAAAUGAACAAGCAAUUUCUGAAGUCCUCUGCUGGUCUAGAGAUUCAGCUGAAUUGCGAAGGUUGGCUUCUAGGAAAGAAGAGAUAUAUCAACGAUUACAAGGUGGUAUAUAUAGUUUGAGAUCUGGGUCUCGGGAAUUCGUGGAUGUGCUCAUGGCAUACGAGAUUCCAAUGGCACUUGUUUCUACCCGUCCAAGAAAAACACUGGAGGCUGCAAUUGGAGAUAUUGAACUUGAAGGGGUGUUUAGUGUGAUUGUGGCUGCUGAGGAUGUUCAUAGGGGUAAGCCUGAUCCUGAGAUGUUCAUAUAUGCAGCACAAAGUCUGAAGUUUAUACCAGAGAGGUGCAUUGUCUUUGGGAAUUCAAACCUGACUGUGGAGGCAGCCCAUGAUGCUCGAAUGAAGUGUGUUGCUGUUGCUAGCAAGCAUCCUGUUUAUGAGCUUGGAGCUGCGGAUUUGGUUGUCAGACAUUUAGACGAGCUUUCAGUUGUGGAUCUGAAAAACCUCGCUGCUGUAGAAUCGCCUGAAUUUCAGGAGCCGGAGUUGGAGAUGGAGGAAGAAAUCGAGGAAGACAGGCAUUCAUCCAGGCCAACUGGAGUGGACGAUAUAUUCUGGUAGCACACUCAAAAUGUACAGCAUGUUGUCAUCUAUUUGUUGGUAAAAAUAUUGGUUUCUUAUCCUUUUGUAUAUAAAAUUAGGACAAAAAAUAGAAUUUAGGGGUGGUCUGCAUUGGACUACCUUUGUUACCUUGUGUAUGUGGAUUAUGUUCAAUAUACGAGUUGUUACUUCAAUUGCCUAUAGUAUUCAAGUUUGAUCUACUUCAUGAAUUUGUAUUUUUUAUUUUCUAAAUAUAUCUUUAGAAGAAACAUAUUUUUAUGUAAUGCUU